AAAAAAAUCACACAAAUCAUUAUUUUCUGUAUGCUCCCUGUAAAGGUACACCCUUUGAAUCAGACGCCCUUUCUCAUAUCCGUCGCGACGCUCGAGGGUGCGGUCCCUUCAUUUGACUCACUUCAACCACCGCCAGAGACGAUAAUUUCAAUCCUUUCUCUCAUAAAGGGCAAAACAAAUAUUAUUGUGUCUUUUUCACACGUUCCAAGUUUAAAAUUUUGAAGAUUAUUUAAGUAUCGUAAAAAAAAAGGGCGUGAAAAUUAUGGAUUUAAAAGGCAAAGUGGCCCUAGUGACUGGCGGUGCCUCGGGACACGGAAGAGAAUAUUGCAAGGAGUUGUUCAAACAAGGCUGCAAGAUUGCAAUAUGUGACAUUAACGCUGACGCCGGCGAAGAUCUGUUGCACCAACUAUCAAAAAACGUCAAAGAUAGAGUGAUUUACAUCCCCUGCGACGUUACAGACUACAUGCAAUUCGAGGAAGCCUUUCAAACAACAAUUUCCCAACUGGGCGGCGUUGAUAUCGUCAUUAACAACGCCGCAGUCAUGAACGAUAGAUUGUGGGAGUUGGAAGUUGAUGUGAAUUUGAACGGCGUCAUCAGAGGUCUUUUACUUGCAUUUAGAUUUUUGGGCAAAGACAGAGGCGGCCCGGGAGGGAUUGUGGUCAAUGCCGGAUCGAGUUGUUGCAAAACUCCUUUGGUGUCUUUACCAGUGUUUACAGCAACAAAACACGCGGUAGCAGCCCUGACUCGCUGUUAUGGAGACGCUUACCAUGUAAAUCUAACAGGAAUCAAAGUUGUAGCUCUGUGUCCCACUCCGACAGAGUCAGAAAUCGGGGGCGACCCUAGAAAAAGAAUUCUGAGCGGGGAAUACGAGCAAGCUUGGCUCAGAGACACUUCUUGCUCCGUUCCAGUAAAGCCUGAAAAACUUGGAAAAGCUCUCGUGGAGGUUAUUCAGAGUGCCAAAAGCGGUACCAGUUGGCUUGUCAGCAACGAUCAUCCUCCAAAAGAGAUACCGCUUUUGUAAAAGAGUGUGAAAUCGUUGUAAAUAAGUUAUGCGCUUGCUUCAGAUAAGCUUUAAUCAUUGGACAAAGUCCCUCUUUAUUCGCUUUGAUGUAUAUAAAUAUCAUUCAUUCGUCCGCAUUUAUAUAAAUACAUCGUCUUUUGUGCAAUCACUCAUGCCAAGCAUGCAUCGUUAUUUUUGUUAAUGAAAAAUUCACAAGUUUGUUAUAGGAAUCAAAAAAAUGUUUCGGCUGUAGUUUAUUCUUGAAAAAAUUUAAAAGAGCACAGAUAAAUUAAUAUUUUUAUGUUUGAAAUGUAUGUUUAGCUUUUUAUAAUGAAAUAAAUGGAAAAAUAUGUUAAAAUAA